GGGGACCUUCAAGCACCAGUGAUUCCAUGGACUGAUGAAGGUGCUCGAGAGCCUUUGCAUUUGGAGCAAGUAUUUUGCUUUUAAAUAGUGUCUUUCUGAGAAGUGUUGGAAGGAAACUGAAAGUGAAAUUCUCCAACCUGCUAUAAAGCUGGCCCGGGAGCAGCCACGCUCCACAGACCACAGACGCCACCCUGGCUCCCAGAUGGCUUCGACACACCGCGAGCCCCAGCCUGGAGACCUGAUUGAGAUUUUCCGCAUUGGCUACGAGCACUGGGCCAUCUACGUGGGGGACGGUUAUGUGAUCCACCUGGCUCCUCCAAGUGAGUACCCCGGGGCUGGCUCCUCCAGCAUCUUCUCCAUUCUGAGCAACACGGCCGUGGUGAAACAGGAGCGCCUGGAGGACGUGGUGGGGGGCUGCCGCUACCAGGUCAACAACCUCUUGGACCACAAGUACGUACCUCGGUCUGCCGAGGUGAUCAUCCAUGCUGCCAAGAGUAGGAUUGGGGAGGAGAUGCCGUACAGUAUUCUGCGCAGGAACUGCGAGCACUUUGUCACGGACCUGAGGUACGGCGUUCCCGAGUGCAGGCAGGUACAAAAUUUCUUGGUUGGAGGAACUGUGACCCUGGGCCUCGCACUAGCGACUGCCUUCACGUACUCGGUUGUGACUAGGAGACGCCAAAACCAGUGAGAGUCUGAAGGAGGAGUCACAACCUCGGGCCGUGACGCAGCCCUGGAGGCCGCCCUGGAGGCGGUCCCCGCUCCGCUCCCCGCCUGCGGACGCUGGCGCCGCCGUCUGGCUCCCUCCAGUUCACGUGGCCGCUUUCCCGCUCUCCCUGGCUAUAGCACGGUCUGAUUGUAACUGCUAGGUCUGGGCCCGGGGCCCCUCCCCCGGGGUCCGUCCCCCAUUUCCCUCUUUUGUGAAGCCGGGGCUCCGGCGCUGCCUCCUCCCUUUCCCCACUUCGCGCCACUUCCUUUGUUCGCGCCCAUCACUGCCCCCCAUCCUUUCCCCCACUUGGGCGCCGGAUCGUUCCUCCCUCCCUCCCCACCAGGCAUUGCCAAAGUUACAAGACAAACUAUGUGUAAUCCCCUGUUGGCCAAAGCUCACAUACCUUAUGUGUCCAAGACAUCCUUUAACCUCCUAAUGGACAGAAAGCCCUAUUAAUAAAAGGAAUCCUGCCACCCAACGGUGUGGUUUCUGAGCAGCCUUCCUCUGCUAGUUGGGGCCACCCUGUGACUUCUUUGAAUGCACCUUUUAUUGUUGCCUGCCAUUUGGCUUUGUUGUCUUUGGAUCCAAACUGCCUUACAAGGCUCAAUAAAUGUCUCUAUCCCUCCAG